AUGUCAACUUCGUCGUCUUCAUCAAACAGACCACCGUCUCGCAGGUCCGUUCACGGGGUCCCAACGAAAUGCUGGUGUGGAAAAGGACUCGUCAUCUGGGCCUCUGAAACAAAAGAGAAUCCAUUUCGUAGAUUUUACCGAUGCGAAGUCGCACUUCAGAGGAAAUCCGAGUGCCACCUUUUUAAAUGGGAGGAUGAAGCUAUUUUAGACGAGGUUAGGAUGCUAGACGCUAAAGUAAUGGACCUCGUACACGACUUCCACUCCCUCUCCAAGACCGUAAUUGAACAGCUUGACUCACACAAGACUUGCCUACUUCAACUAGAGGGUGAGCUUAGGUCCUUGAUGGCCAACUCAGUCGAUGAAGCAACUAGGCAGAUGAAAGAAGACAUUGAUGCGGUUCUAAGCUCAAACAUCACCACAACUCAUCUGUGCGACAAUGGCGGGGCAUACAACUUUGCUGCUGCUGUUGCCAUUGUUGGAGCUAUCGCAUUCAUAUAUUGGAAGCUCUUUUGA